AUGACUGUUGCCCAAGCACGUCCCGGCAGUAACGACACCAUGGACAACACCAUUGCAUCCACCUCUUCGGCUAGUGUCAUGCCCGAGGCUACCACCAAGUCCGGUCUUGCAUCUGGAACGCGAGAAGUCCGCAGUUUUGAUGGCAUUGACGACGAUGCCGAGCUUGAUUACCACGGUCAUCUUCGCAACGCCCAGAAUGAUGAGGGCUUCACCCGUACCGAUGCGCGAGAGAUGAAGCGUAUGGGCAAGAAGCAGGAAUUGAGAAGAAACUUCCGCACUCUCUCGACCAUUGCUUUUACAAUUAUCCUACAGGGAACUUGGGAGGUCCUCUUGACUGCCACUACACAAGGAAUGGUCAAUGGUGGUAUCGCAGGCCUGGUGUGGUCCUACAUUUGGACCUUUUUCGGUUUCACCUUUGUCGUCUUUUCGCUGGCCGAGAUGGCUUCCAUGUGUCCGACUGCUGGCGGUCAAUAUCACUGGAUCUCGGAAUUUGCUCCUCCCUCACAACAGAAGAUCCUGAGUUUCCUCGGAGGCUGGAUGUCUACCCUCUCUUGGCAAGCUGGCACAGCAUCUGGACCGUAUCUGGUCGGAACCCUCAUUCAGUCGCUGAUCUUUGAGAAUGAUCCCAACUACGUAUUUAGAAACUGGCAAGGUACCCUGUUUGUUAUCGCCAUCGCCCUCGUGGUAUGGGCUACCAACGUCUGGGGAUCUAAAGCGAUGCCUGUCUUCCAGAACAUCAUGAUGAUUGUUCACGUCUUUGGCUUCCUGGUAAUCAUCGUGAUGAUCUGGGUCCUUGCUCCUAGAAACAAGGCAUCAGAUGUCUUUGGGACUUUCACCAACUCUGGCGGCUGGAGCUCCAUGGGUCUUUCCUUGAUGGUUGGUCAAGUUUCAGCAGUGUAUGCCUGUAUCUGUUCCGAUGCAGCCGCUCACGUCUCGGAAGAGGUCAAGGAUGCUGGAAGAAACGUGCCCAGAGCAAUGGUCUGGUCAUACUUCCUGAACGGUGCUCUGGGUCUUGUUUUCCUGAUCACAUACAUGUUCAGCGUCGUCGAUCUUGCAGGUGCCGUCGACGAUGCCAGCAACGGCUCAGGCUACCCGUACAUGUACGUCUUCACCAAAGCCUUUAGCAAGCCCGCUUUCAACACCCUUUCGGCUAUUGUCAUCAUCCUGAUCUAUGCGGGUACAUUGUCCUACAACUUGUCAACAUCUCGUCAAACCUGGUCUUUUGCUCGUGAUCAAGGCCUGCCCUUCAGCAACUGGAUUGCAAAGGUCGACCCCAAGCUCGAAAUCCCAAUCAACUCGGUCACCGCUACAACUGCGUUCACCAUCAUCCUCUCGUUCAUCAACAUUGGCUCUGACGCUGCUUUCAACGCGAUUGUCUCGCUCAACCUUACCUCUCUGAUGAUCACCUAUGUCGUCAGUAUCGGAUGUGUCCUAUACCGUCGUGUCACAAACCCGGAGCUCCUGCCCAAAUGCAGAUGGUCUCUUGGCCGCUGGGGUGUGCCUAUCAACACUUUCGCCGUCUUGUACUCAACCUACGUGUUCUUCUGGAUGUUCUGGCCCCAAACCACUUCUAAGGCUGCUGCUGACUUCAACUGGUCGGUGCUCAUGUUCAUGGUCGUCCUGCUUUGUGCUAUUGCCGACUGGGUAGUUAGAGGAAGAAAGGUGUACACUGGUCCAGUUGUCUUGACUGAAGGCUACAAGGGCGAGUAG